AUGCCCAGCACAGGGUUCUUUGGCGUCAGUGCCCUCAACCUUGGUCCUCUAACGACGACAUUCACCGCACCCUCAUCAUGCGCUACCCAAUCUGAUCACCAGAUCUUCGCCAACGCGACGUCGCCUCACUUUCCCUAUCAAGUAGCGGAGUCAUGCACCAUGAAGCCCUUUGGAGACUGCUAUCCCAGCGGAGAAAAGUGGGAAUCCGAGAAGAAGCAGACAACAAAGUUUGUCCAUGGCGCAUACCAGUAUUUCUCUCCCGGCAUAGCUUGUCCCAAAGGUUGGGAAACUGUGGGACUGCUGAAGCAUGGUAGUAGCACUGGUCAAUUUGGCAUCUCGGGCGUGUUGACGGUAUCGGGAGACCCGGAGAGUUAUGGUAUUGACGAAGAGGCACAGCCGCUUCAACCAACAGACUUUUGGAAGAACGUUCUGGACAGGUCUGAAACAAUGGCGGUCUGUUGCCCGACUAGCUAUAUCGGAGACACUUAUGGUUUUUGCAGAUCCAUGAUCGCUCCCGUUAUGUCCUACCCAGGGUCUCGAGAGGUCUGUUAUGUUGAGUCCGGAUAUGACGGCGAUCAGACUACUGUGACUGUAUCCGUGGGGCCGACAAAAACAGUCGGACUUAUCUCAAACAUACCCAACGAGAGCGCUACAGUCACUACGCGCACCAAAAUAGCGACUGCUCGUCCGGACGAGUUAACCUUGUUCUCGUAUGGUAGUUUUGUACCCGCCGUGACUUUGAUCUAUAAGGAGGAGGAUGCCGAAGGGAAGAGUGGUGAUGGGGAUGGUGAGACCACUACUGCUACAGCCGACAGUACUGCUACAGGCGAGACAACCGCUGCCGAGACGACUUCUUCUGACGAGAGUGCUGCUGCAGGCAUUCAGAGAAGUGGUGUCUACUACCACACCAAUCCCUACGCCACAAAAUCGCCUCUGGUUUACGUGACAAACAUGGGUGGACCAAAAUUGUACCGACUUUCCAAGUCGGAGAUACUAUUCAGGGACCUCAAGAGAGAAUUUAUGAAGACAUGGGAGGAGUCCGGGAACUUGGUACCUCAAAUCAAAGAUAUAUACUACGUCAGGGAAGCCGACCUUGACCGGACCCACCGCGGCCGACGUUUCGACGAUUAUUUGUCCCAUCAUGGUGGUAUUUGGGAGCAUGCCUUUCAUGGAACGAACCGGGAAUGCCACAUUGGAGAUCCUAAGAACGGAUUGGAAAAUGGUCAUCUCAAAUGCUGUGGUGAUGACAUUUGUGGUGUCUGUGGAAUAAUCCGCAAAUCAUUCAAAAUGGCACAUGCAGAAGCGGAUAUGUUUCAGGACAAUGCCUGCCCUGGCAGCCUCGAAAUGAUUCUAGUAGUUAGAUAUGUUCCAGGAGUGAAACAGUUCUUAAAGAAGGCGGAUUCAGUCAGAACUGGUCCUGAUCCAGGUUUUGACAGUGUUGAGGCUGUUCUCAGAAAAGACGGGGGUUCGGUGAAUUAUCCAGAGUCGGUCGUUUACCGCGAUGAGGCGAUUGUUCCUAUUGGAGUGAUUGUCUACAGCAGGGAUGGUUACUAUGAUCUUACCCAUGACGGCAAGAUCAAUGAUUAG